UCAGACCCUCCCUUCAGUGUUGGCUGCGGCGUGGCGGAGGGAGAACGUACAGUGCCCCGCGCCAGGAACACUCACCAAGCACCACCAUGGGCCAACACGUGUCAAGGACGGACUUCGAGUGGACCUACACCGCCGAGCCCCACGCCUCCAGACGCAAGGAGAUACUCAAAAAACACCCAGAGAUCAAAGAGCUCUUUGGUAAUGAUCCCAACUUGAAGUGGUGGGUGCUGGGCCUCGUGACCUUCCAAGUGUUGUCACUGUUUGUGGUGAAGGACCUGCCCUGGCUCUGGGUCUUCCUGCUUGCCUACUGCAUUGGUGGCACCAUCAACCACUCCCUCAUGCUGGCAAUCCAUGAGAUCUCCCACAACCUUGCCUUUGGACACUCGCAGCCUCUGGCCAAUCGUUUCCUCGGCAUAUUUGCAAACUUCCCCAUAGCGCUGCCCUUCUCCGUGUCCUUCAAAGGGUACCACCUGGAGCACCACAAAUACCAAGGGGAUGAGAAGUUGGACACAGACAUUCCAACAUCCCUGGAGGCAAGACUUUUUUGUACCACCUUUGGCAAGCUAAUCUGGAUGAGUUUGCAGCCGCUGUUUUAUGCGCUGCGUCCCGUCAUCACCUACCCAAAGACUCCCACACUUCUUGAGAUCUUCAACACUGCCGUCCAGCUCUCCUUCAACUUUGCUGUCUAUUAUUUCUUUGGAGCCAAAGGUAUCAGCUACCUGGCUGGAGGGUCGCUACUGGCCAUGGGCAUCCAUCCUGUGGCUGGACACUUCAUCUCUGAGCACUACAUGUUCCACAAAGGUUUUGAGACGUACAGCUAUUAUGGUCCCCUUAACUACGUCACCUUCAAUGUUGGCUACCACAACGAGCACCACGACUUCCCUUACGUUCCUGGGAGCAGACUGCCAAAGGUUCGUGCGUUGGCACCCGAGUACUAUGACGACUUGCCCCGCCACGAGUCCUGGGUCAAGGUCAUUUAUGACUUCAUCACUGACCCUGCCAUUGGCCCAUAUGCCAGGAUCAAGAGGAAGCAUGCAAAGCUGCUCAAAGAAGAGUAGUAAAGAAGAGCAGAAGCUUAGGUUUGUGGGUGGAGUCUGCCAAUGAGAUGUUAUACUACAUGGCAAAUUUGAUACAUGGUUCACUGGUGCCUCAUCAUGGCUCAAGCCUUGUUGUUUUCCUUGUUUAGGCUCAUCAGGUGUGGGUUCAUGUUUUCUUGAUCUUAAAAGGGAUUGUGACAAACUAACUUAUUCUUUGUGGGUUGAGGCCUAAGGUGUUCAUCUGUUUCCCAGCCAGUGAAGUGAUACACUGCUCAAUGAUGAAGCCAUGUUAGGCUUGCCAGUACUUUCUGUGCAGAAUGAUGAGUGGUCAAGAGUAAGGGCUGUCAUGAGCAGCAGGGCUGGACCAGUAGUCCUCCUCUCCCUUAGGGGAAGGGGGGCUAUUCAAAAAGACCCUUAGACCCUCGAUAGAAGGACCCAAAAUGAAUUUCAGAAACUGUAUUCUUUUAAUUAACAAAAAAUCAAGGUAGACCUGGAAGACAACCUUAAAAUACCCUUGAUUUUGGAGGAGACCCCUCAAGGAGAAGGAAUACAAUAGAGAACAGCAAGCUUUUUUCUUUGCUGUCAUAAUAGGAUUUGUAGCAUUAUUUUCAAACCCAAUCACCUGUUAGUUAGUAAUAUUGUGAUCACCAAUUAAAGUCAUACAAGUUAGGGAAGUUUAUAGUACAGUACUCAUUUCCAAUGUGUGUUUGUCCAACAGGUCUCAUAUCUAGCGUGGCAUUAUUUCUACAAGUAUUCUUGAAAACUCGCCACAGUCCACGGAAAAGGCCCAUUCACAGACAUUUACGUCAAUUACCUAUAUUCAGUACCUGUCCCAGACUUUUAUCACACUGCCCAGCAUUUAAUUACCACAUUGAAGAGAUUAAAUAAAACAAGUUAUUCGAAAACUUGCAUUGUAUAUCAACAAAGAAUGCGCCGUUGGCAGCAAUCACGAAGGGCUUGCCAUUUUCUUUUUCAAUUUCAGGGUUUUGAACCCAUAAAUAUAUCAUACUAUGCAAAUUAUUUAUUAAUAAAUGUUUCCUUCUUUAAAAAUUAGAUGAUAAUAAUCAGAUAAUGCAACUUAGAACAAGAAUAUGAAGCUUAGUGAAUUAGUAGACUCGUUGUGGAGGUGACAUGAACAUCACAGCCACCACAACACGCGAACACCUAGGGAGUGUUGCAGACGUGGACUUGGCUUGGCAUAUGUCCAGUACAUCUGCAUAACAACAACAGCCACAAGCAACCUUAACUGCCAGGGCUCUAGAGGAUGUGGUCUCUUGGCCCAACCAGAACUGCCAGACUUAGGCAGACCCCAGAUUUUUUUCCUGGAUUAUAUAUCAGUUCCUGGACUUGACCGGGCAUGGGUUCGACAAUUGCAGUAUUUGGGAAAUUGAAGGUCCAGUGUUUUUUCAGAAAUUCUCUGACAAAAUUAAUUUUUCCUGUAGGUUAAUUUGUUUGUCCAAUGCUAAUUUCAGCCAUCGCAACGUGAUCCCUGACCAAAUUCCCACGCUGGACGCAAGGCCACUGUAGUUAUGUUGUAAACAAUUGCAUUAAUGGAAUAUAAUUUUGGUACACCUCAUACCAUGCAGUUAUGUUGCCUCAUCUGAACUAGUUAUUUAGGCAUAAUAUUAGUUUCUUACAUAGAGGGGAAUAUAUACUUGAUAUAUCAGCAUGUCUAAAUGAGACCUAGUGACCAUAAUGGUGGAACUCUGACAGUAUUAACAAGAUCAAGAACAAGCUGUUACCCUCAUUGCAUAGGACUUGGCACUUUGUUUUGGUUGUUUUGUGUCAGUCUACUUUUAGCCACUGCAAAUGAGAAACAUUCAUCCACUCUCAUUGUGAAGAGUAGGGGGAAGUAUUCAUUUAUGACUUCCUGGCUUGCAUCAGGAAAGUACAUGUAAUUGAAUAAUAUCAGGUUGGCAUGUCCAGAUUUUUACAUUCAGGAAAAUACAAGAUUUCCUGCAGGUAUAUUUUUAUACACUGUAGUAAUUCAUUUUAAAAAUAUGUACUUUACUCUUGAGACUUUAUAGUCUACUCAAUUUAAACUUUAAUUUGUAUAUGAUUUCAUAGUGUCAGGGUCGUUCCUUAAUGAGCCAAAGUUGAAUUUUUUGGUUGUCAUUCAUGUUUGUCUUUAGGUUAGGUGUAGAUGUGAUGAAGGGUGGGACUCCACUUGUUGCAUUUCUCUUUAAGCUUAACCCUUUCAAUACGUGAUGUAGACGUUGGCGUCACAGUAUGGAAAGGGUUAAGAGGAAAUGGAAGAGAAUUAAUCCUCUUCUAAACCUCUUAAUUCUCUUCCAUUUCCUCUUAAUCCUCUUCUAAACCUCUUAAGAGGAAAUGGAAGAGGUUUAGAAGAAGAUUAAUCCUCUUCCAUUUCCUCUUAACCCUUUCCAUGCUGUGACGCCGACGUCUGUGUCACCGUAUUGAAAGGGUUAAUUUAAAUCUUGACUGUGCUUGUGUCAUAAGGAUGUUGAUCAGGGAGGUGAUACUAGUUGGUUGAUUAUCUUUGGAAUUUACUUGCAUAAUUGUUAAUGGGAAAAGCUUGUUAGUUUUUGGUUGUUGAUGAUGAAUUGCAUCAUUACCCGUGCGUAAUCUCGUAUUUACAAUUGUUGUGGAUACAGGCUUAAUUGAACGCAUUUGUUUUCUGUCACAGACAGUCACUGUCAUUACAUCUGAGAGAUGGUUGUCUUCUAAAAGUUUUCAAGGAUAAUUAGUGUUAAAUGGGACAAGUGUGCAAGGCAUUCAUGUGGAUACUUCCUUGAGCCUUGGUAGCAUGCAGGAGAGUGAAGAAUGGAGUCUACAACCCAGUUGAUGUUUUUUCUAUUAUUGUAGUUGAAACACCUGCUGUGAUAGUUGCAAUGUUGACUUAGGUUUUAAGCCUCCCAUAAUCUCAUAACAAUGCUUCCAGAUCCAAGUCAAAUACUCAACAUUUAUGGUGCACUUGUAAAACUUGGUAUGUCAUGUCAAUUAAGGUGUGCUUGUGCAUUUGUAUAGUUGCAUUUGGAAGCUGAAACAUUUCCUGUAAUCAGCUUUUCUGCAAGUUUACUGAUUGAAAGGAUUUGGGAAUAGUUCUGCAGAAAUUUGGUAGUUGUGUAUAUACUGGGAGCCCUGAGGCUGUUUUAAUUUUAGUAUUGUAGUGCGAUGGCGCAACAGUAAAGUGGUGCUCAGGUGACCUAGAAAGGUCAGUUUCUCACAAUCUGUGGAAGAGUAAUAUGGAUUUUGAAAAUGACCCACCCAUUUGAAUCUCACCAUUUUUAUCUUAUUUUUAUAAUUGAAAGUGGAUAAUUGCCAUUAUGGUAACAUCACUUGUUUACUAAGUUCAACUAGUUAAAUAAACAAAUAAUUUGAUAUUCUGUAAUCUCCAAUAGAAUUUCAUUACAUAAAAAAAGCUGAUAUCUUGUUGAAGCAGAUUUAAUUGCUUGUUUCAAGUCGUACAUAUUUGUUCCUGCUUCAAAUAUCAGUUUUCAUUGACUACUUUAAGAAAUCGAGUAUGAAAUAAUUUUUAAAGUUUUGUGUUGACAGUGCAGUGCUGUUCUCUCCUACUUCUUUCUGACUCCUGCCCUUGUGUGUUCCCCAAAUGGUUUAUGAGUUGUCCUUCCCUCAUUGUCUUCAUUUAUCGCUGUAUAACUUUGUUCUUUUGGUCUGGCAGUGCCACAAAAUCUACUGCUUUGAAUUAUCCCACUUUUCCUUAAUAGCUAAGGCAAAUUUCAGGCAUGUGCACAUAUUUGUUCAUCUGCUCAAGUAAAAUACCUUGAGGAAUGAUUUUUCUGUGAUCUCAGUUUACUUCUAUUUCAUUGUCAGUAUUGAAGUAAUAUCUUGAUCUAAUGUUGGUGCUAAGUUCUUCGUGUUUAAUUCUGCAAAUAUUUCUUGAACCUUUCCAAUAGCAAUAAAAUAUUAGGCCAUAUGUUACUUUCCAUAAUUAUAACACCAGGUAGUACCAUAUGGACAUUCAGCACCAUUGGUAGCACAAAAUGUCUAUUCUAUGUAUUUUGGUCAGUUUUUAUCUGCUUUAAGGCCCAAUUCACACUACAACAGCACGUUUACGGGGUGUGACCGUACCUGAACAGGACCGUAACGGACCAGCAACAGCAUGUGUAUUCACACUACACCACGUAAACGGCCUGGACCUGCACGGGACCGUCAUGGGCCGGCAACAGCGUGCUCACACCGUUUUGUAGCAGUACAAUCCUGUCCUUCAGCCCGGACGCAUAUCAGCUGUGCUAACCAUGUUCUUCCAUUUGUUGCUAUAAUCUGUAUGGGACAUGUAUGUCAAAUAGGCAGACAUGUUUUUCCACCAGUGAAAUUAAUUUCUCUCCAUCCAUCACUGAGUUCACACUGCACCGUACGAGAGCUAGAUGUCAACUGUACAUGGCUUGGAAAAUGUAGGUGUAGUCAGAGGAAUUCUUGUGGUGGGAGCCAGAUCAGGUCACAGGUCGGGUAUACAAGUCAGGUCACACGUCAAGUGCAAGUACCACUACUUUGGGCCUUGACCACACCUCACCUCUGUUUAUCCUCAGUAGCACACAUCUGAAUAGCUACACAUUCUAAAUGAAUGCAUGAAUAUUAAUUACAAGCGAAGUUGGAUAUAUUGACAAAAUAAAUUUUCAUGAAUAGGGAAUCCUUGAUUUGCAUGAUAGAUGCGUUCCAGAAGGGACCGUGCAAAGUAAAUUUCAUGCAAUGUAAGGAUGAUCACCCCCAGUACUGGAGUAAACUGUACAUACGCUAUGUUAAAGGAUGGGAGUUGUUGGAAAUAAAACAAACUGUCACGAA